AUGGGCAUGACCUCAUACCUUACGAUUGGAGGAGGAUUCAGGCAAACAAGGAUUACGCAGACAUACGCAGUGGUUGUCAAUGCCGUCACCCUGACUUUGCUCCCAAUCGGAUUUUUGAAAUCGGCCCAGAUAAUGACAAUGGCCCAAUGGCUGCCGUCCUACAUGUGGAUAACUCCCUACGUCCUGUUCUCAAUCAACUACGCUGUAAUUGCGUACACCCUGAUAUCGAGAUGCUUUAGGGACGCCAUGCUGGUGGACCUACAGUUCGUAAUAAUACAAUUAAAUCGGGAGAUGACGCGUACGGGAAAGCGUUUGAACUCGAAGCUGCGUCAAUUGUUUCUCGUGAAAACCUUUACAUUGAGUUACUUGUGUUUGUCGUAUUUCCUGGGAAUUUUCCUUUACCAAUCCCUAUUUAAAUUGCCCUGGUCGCUGGCUUGGAAUGGAUUUCUAGUUAACCUUUUCUUAAGCAUCCUGAUUCUCGUCACUUACUUCUAUUUUAUUUCGUUUUGGCAAAUUGCCAGAGGCUUUGAUUUUGUUAACGAGCGUUUGGAAGAGGUGAUCUCAGACCAGUCCAUGGGUUCGAAAUCACAAGCCGAAGAAAUCCGCAGCCUUUGGGCUCUGCAUGCAACCUUAAGUCGGACAGCCCUAGGGAUAAAUAGGCACUAUGGUCCGCAGAUGCUUGCCUCCCGUUUCGAUUAUUUUAUUUUCUCCAUUAUCUACGGAUAUAUCGGUACGGUCUCCAUGAAUUAUGAUCAAACCACUUCCAUGGAAAAGUUUUACGGAGCUCUUGUUUAUUGGAUUCGAAGCGUAGACUUUUUUAUGAACGACUAUAUAUGCGAAUUGGUUACUCAAUAUCAAAGCCAACCGAAGUACUUUGCCACCAAAGGCUCUAUGUCUAACGAGCUGAGUUCUUUCUUGAUCUAUGACAGCAGCACCAGACUGGAAUUGAUGGUUUGUGGACUCUAUCCGGCCAAUAGAAACAAAUGGCUGCAAAUGGUGGCGUCCAUUGUAGUUUAUUCCAUAACGCUGUUUCAGUUUCAUCUGGUUAUGCGCAACAAAUAAAUGGCUCAAAGGUCAA